AUGUGCCCCUUUUGGAGGUUCGCUCACAAUCACUCUGGCUCCGAGACCGGCUCGGGGAGCUUGUUCCCAGUUCAGGCGGGUGAAAGAGACGUUAAGGUCCCCCACCUACCUUCAGGGUCGGGCCAUGGCGGCCUAUCUUUCUCCGUUUCACAGGGUUUUGGAGGUCCGUUCGGACAGCGCUCCCUCGAGGCCCAGCCCGUCCUCUGCGGCACUAAAAGCAGAGCGGAGCCGGUCAGUCUUUCCGCCCCGGGGCCGCGGCGGGAAGUGCGCGACGAGGGCGGGGCUUCCGCGUCCGCAACUGCACUCCCCCCGGCCACCGCCCGGCCCCGGUCCGCCCCUGACCUUGACCACGGCCGCGCGCCGGCUCGGGUCUCGGACCCGCGCACCUGCACGCGGCCUGGAAACGUGGAAACGUGGCAUCGCGGGAAGCGACAAACCCCCGGGUCCCGGCUGGACUCGAAGAUAAACAAGUCUCGCUAA